CAGAGGAGGGAUGUGCCUGAGGCACACAGCUGGUGGAUCUGCCGCUGGCCAGCCCCGGGCAGGGCCCUUCAGACAGAGGAGAGUAUCCCUCGCCCCACUCCAAACUCUCGGAGGGAAGAGAGCCACCAGGACCCCCUCUUCAGAGUCUUCAGUGGGAGUUUUAAAAGUUGUUUCAAAGCGUCCAGAUAUUAUAGGGGCCCCCGCCAGGCAGCUCCCGAGAUGCCCAGAGUGAGCUGCCACAGCAUAGGCCCUGGCCUUCUGCUGCCUCAGGCCUGGCUUGGCCGGGCCCAGGCAUCCAGGACCAAUUAGAGACCAUGGUUUCCUCUGGGAGAACUGUCCACCCUGGAAAGAACAGCGAAAAUCCCUCCUGGCUGGCUCUCUGGAGCCACAGGGAGUGGUGUCUUCCCGCUCUACCCUCCACCCCCCGAAAUGUUUCUGUUUCUAAUCCUAGCCUGGGCAGGAAUGUGGCUGCACUGCCAGGGUCCAAGGAGCUAUUUUGGGGGCUCCUUUGCCUCCCCCAGGCUUUGGCCAGUGGGUCACCCCUGAUCCUGGCUCCUGAGGGCCUCCCUUCCCGAUUCUCUCACCACCCCUUCCCCAUCUCCUGCCAAAAACAAGUCAGUGUAAAGCAGAGGGCCUGAGGGCUAAAUUUAAACCAUCCCAAAGUCUGCCUCCUUGGCUGAGCCGCCCGCAAAGCUGCCCUGGCCUCCCGCCCCCCUUCCCAGGCCUCACCCCUUUUUCUCCCCCCUCCCAACUCAAGAGCUUGGGAGGGGUGUUAACAAAUCACUGUGAACCUCAAUUGGUCCCCUCUGGGGAAUGGGCGGGCUCAUCUUUGGCGUCUGUCAUACCUGUAGCGUUCCUCUGUGCUUUGCCUUUUCAGUGGUGGGGUAGUUUGAGGGUAGAGAUUCUCCACCACCCCUCAUCUCACACUGAAGCAUUCCGAGGGGCCCUGGAAGGAGCAACUUGGGGGGGCCUGGCUUGUGAGGGGUUAAGGCUGGGAGGCUGGAGGGGGCCGGACCGAGGGGUGGGGAGAAGGGGAGGAGGCCUUAGCAGCCAGCAGAGAGAAGUGGCCAGAGAGGCCCAGGGGACAGCCAGGGACAGGCAGACAUGCAGCCAGGGCCCCAGGGCCUGGACAGGGCCCUCCAGGCCCCGUGACGGGAGGACCCCGAGCCCCUGGCCCGGGGAGGGGGCCAUGGUGCUGCCUGCCCGACAUGUCAGCCGAAGUGCGGCUGAGGCGGCUUCAGCAGCUGGUGCUGGACCCCAGCUUCCUGGGGCUGGAGCCCCUGCUCGACCUUCUCCUGGGCGUCCACCAGGAGCUGGGCGCGUCCGACCUGGCCCAGGACAAGUAUGUGGCCGACUUCUUGGAGUGGGUGGAGCCCAUCGCGGAGAGGCUUAAGGAGGCCCGACUGCAGAGGGAUGACUUCGAGAUUCUGAAGGUGAUCGGACGCGGGGCGUUCAGCGAGGUGGCGGUGGUGAAGAUGAAGCAGACGGGCCAGGUGUACGCCAUGAAGAUCAUGAAUAAGUGGGACAUGCUGAAGAGAGGCGAGGUGUCGUGCUUCCGCGAAGAGAGGGAUGUGUUGGUGAACGGGGACCAGCGCUGGAUCACGCAGCUGCACUUCGCCUUCCAGGACGAGAACUACCUGUACCUGGUCAUGGAGUACUACGUGGGCGGGGACCUGCUAACGCUGCUGAGCAAGUUUGGGGAGCGGAUCCCGGCCGAGAUGGCGCGCUUCUACCUGGCCGAGAUUGUCAUGGCCAUAGACUCGGUGCACCGGCUGGGCUACGUGCACAGGGACAUCAAACCGGACAACAUCCUGCUGGACCGCUGCGGCCACAUCCGCUUGGCCGACUUUGGCUCCUGCCUCAAGUUGCGGGCGGAUGGAACGGUGCGGUCACUGGUGGCUGUGGGCACCCCGGACUACUUGUCUCCCGAGAUCCUGCAGGCCGUGGGCGGUGGGCCCGGGACUGGCAGCUACGGACCCGAGUGUGACUGGUGGGCGCUGGGCGUGCUCGCCUAUGAAAUGUUCUAUGGGCAGACGCCCUUCUACGCCGACUCCACGGCUGAGACCUACGGCAAGAUCGUGCACUACAAGGAGCACCUGUCUCUACCGCUGGCAGACGCAGGAGUCCCCGACGAGGUUCGCGAUCUCAUCCAGCAGCUGCUGUGUCCCCCCGAGACGCGCCUGGGCCGGAAUGGAGCAGGCGAUUUCCAGAAGCAUCCUUUCUUCUUUGGCCUUGACUGGGACAGCCUCCGAGACAGCGCGCCCCCCUUUACGCCGGAUUUCGAGGGUGCCACAGACACAUGCAACUUCGAUGUGGUGGAAGACGGGCUCACUGCCAUGGUGAGCGGGGGCGGGGAGACGCUGUCGGAUAUGCAGGAAGGCACGCCACUGGGGGUCCACCUGCCUUUCGUGGGCUACUCCUCCUAUUCCUGCAUGGCCCUUGGGGAUGAUGAGAUCCCGGGCUCCACGCCCAUGGAACUGGAGGCCGAGGCGCUGCCUGAGCCAUUGCAAGAGCCCAGCCUGGAACCCACGGUGGCCCCACCAGAGGAAGCGGCUGAAGCGGCAGUUCCGGAGGCCAUUCCGGAGGCGGUGGCAGAGGCCCAGGUGACGCUGCGGGAACUCCAGGAGGCCCUGGAGGAGGAGGUGCUCACCCGACAGAGCCUGAGCCAGGAGCUGGAGGCCAUCCGAACGGCCAACCAGAACUUCGCCAGCCAACUCCGCGAGGCCGAGGCCCGUAACCGAGACCUGGAGGCGCACGUCCGGCAGCUGCAGGAGCGGAUGGAGUUGCUUCAGGCCGGGGGAGCCGCAGCUGUCACGGGGGUCCCCAGUCCCCGGGCCACGGAUCCACCUUCCCAUCUAGAUGGCCCCCCGGCCGUGGCUCUGGGCCAGUGCCCGCUGGUGGGGCCAGGCCCCAUGCACCGCCGCCACCUGCUGCUCCCUGCCAGGGUCCCUAGGCCUGGCCUAUCGGAGGCGCGUUCCUUGCUCCUGUUCGCCUCUGCUCUGGCUGGUGCCGCCGCCCUGGGCUGCAUUGGGUUGGUGGCCUGCGCCGGCUAUCUUGCCACAGUCUGACCCCGCCCGGGAGCCGCCUUCGCCGCCUGAACCCUAGAACCCGAGCCUGUCCUCCACUUGGGCUCCGCUGGAGGGUUUGGUGACCCAGGCACGGCCCAGAAGCCACUCCCACCGCCCCCCAGUUCACAGCACUCCGAGCGUGGGUUUCCGCCCCAGCUCCAGCCCUGUGAUCCGGGCCCGCCCCCUGGCGGCCGGGGAGGGAGGAGCCGGGGCCGCGGCUCCAGGGAGGCUUGUAGCCGGGAAUGCUGCUGCUGCUGCUGCUGCUGGGGGGAUCGCGGACCUCUUCCUUUCUCCGGCCUAGCUGAGGCAUCCGACGUGGAUGGGCAAGCUGCGACCUAGAGAAGGCAGCAGGGCCAGGGCUCGGCAUCUGUCUUUCACCCUCCAGGCACCCCCACCCACAUCGGCUUGCAAACCACAAAUCCUCCUUGUGCAUGAGGCCCUGCCCUCCCGGGAAGACUCUCUUGCCGCGGUGAACGUCUAGCGCGAGCUCCGCCUUUACCUUUUGACAGCCCCGCUUUUUUCGGGGACUCUCGCGCCCUCCUCACGUGCGCUGUUCUCGGAGCCACAGCCGGCUCCGCCCGCCUCGGCAGUAUGGGUAUUUAUUGACCUUUCCUCCGACCCGCUGACAGGCUCCAGGACCCCAGCACCCUAAUCCACAUUUUGGAUGCACUGAGACCCCGACAUUCCUCGGUAUUUAUUGUCUUUCCCCACCUAGGACCCCACCCCCGAUCCUCGCGAAUAAAAGGCCCUCUCGUCUGCCCAAAAUUCUGAAAUUC